AACAGAAUAGGAGCGAACCGUCUUAGGGUGAACCAUGCACCAGUACCGCAUAGCAACAAUACUAUCCGGACUCGCCAUGUUGGAUUAGGGAUCUUCUACGCUCAAAAAUUGUCCAAGAAUGGACGAGCGCUGGGCCCAAGAUGUGUUACGGUGUCAUCUCUGUGAGACCCCGGGCCCCCCUAUGUACUGUGACAUUUGUCACAUGUAUCUGUGUAAAGCCUGCGUGGGGGAACAUCUUUCAGAUCAAUCCAAAGAACACAAAGUGCUGCCACUUGAAAAGAGGGGAUCUUCUUCUAAAUGUCCAAAACAUUCCACUAAGAUAUGUGAACUUUACUGUAAACACUGUGACAUUCCAAUUUGCGCAACUUGUGCUUCCUCUGAUGAACACCAUGGUCAUAAAUUUAUUGAGUUAAUGAAAAACAUUGACAGAAACAAAGAAGUCAUUAAACGAGAUUUACAAGAACUAGAGAAUUGCAUUUAUCCUGAACUCCUGGAUAUUGCGGCAAACAUACCAGUUCAGAGAGCUAAUUUGAUUGAUAACUCCAAGAAAUUGACUACAGCUAUGGAUAAACAUGGGGAAGAUUUGCACAGAGAAAUAGAGACCAUGAUCGAGAAACUAAAAUCUGAUCUUGAAAAAAUAGAUUUAAAACACCUGGCUGUCAUACAAUUAGAGGAAGAUGAAAUAACUCGCACCAUUUCUGAAAUCACACAGAAUAUUACUGAUAUGAAGAAGUUACUAAACUCUAAUGAUGUUAGCCGUGUCUCUGCCUACAAAUCCAGAAAUGAUGAAUUCAGAAAAUUGCCUCCGAAACUCGAGAUUUCCCUACCAAGUUUUACACCUCAGAAAAUCAACAAAGAACGGCUUUAUCAACAGUUUGGUUGUCUGUCAGCGUUAUCUAUCGAAACAAAAGAACAUGGCGACACAAUGGAUUCUCCCGGUGCUGAGUCCUCUCCCCCAGACAAACCACUAAUCGCUGAACCAUGGAUCAUCACAGAAAUAAUUUCCGAGUAUGGACCAAAUAAAAUUUGCGAUGUGUCCUGCCUUAGUAAUGAGGAGAUAUGGACACGCGGUGAUGGUGACAUGUUGAGACUCUACAACCUGCAAGGGGAACUAGUGAAGUCACUUCAGACCAAGUCAGGAAAUUAUCCAAAUGACUUAACAGUGACAAGGAGUGGGGAUCUAGUUUAUACUGAUUAUGAUGAUAGAACCGUGAACAUAGUGAAGAAUACACAGAUACAGACCGUUAUAAAUCUACAGGGGUGGAUAUGGGGUUUGACAUGGGGAUGGAGACCUCUCAGUGUCUGCAGUACCUCAUCCGGUGACCUCCUGGUUGUAAUGAACGGUGAAUAUGAUCAAAAAACGAAAGUUAUACGUUACUCUGGCUCUACAGAGAAGCAGAUUAUUGAGUUCGAUGACAAAGGAAAAUCUCUUUAUUCACCUGGUGGUACCACUAAAAAUAUUAGUGAAAACAAGAAUCUAGAUAUAUGUGUGUCAGACAGUGGAGCCCGUGCAGUAGUUGUGGUCAAUCAGGCUGGGAAACUUCGUUUUAUCUACACCGGUCCGACUUCCACCACCAAGGGGAAUUUUAAACCAUGCGGCAUCACAACAGACAGCCAGGGUCGAAUCCUGACAGUAGACAGUAACAACCAGUGUAUCCACAUCCUGGAUCAGGACGGACAGUUUCUCAGCUACAUUGACAACUGUCAUUUACACGGUCCACGGGGUUUAUGUGUGGACGCCAGAGACAACCUCAUUGUUGCUGAGGUUGGAACAGGUAAGGUGAAGAAAAUACAAUAUUGCGUUAAAACAAAAUGUGUUUGUAGAUGAGGAAGUGAACGCUGUAAACCAGUAUGUGUGACAUUGAACCAACUAGAUGUGUUUGUAAUGAAGAUACUACUAUUGCAAUUAAAUUACUUUUGUUUUUAUGUUGAUAAACAAAAAAAAAGAUAUGUGAAAAUAAACUGUUUGUAUUUUUUUCGCAAACAAAUACAUUGUUUAUUUAUUAUUAUUAUUGUUUAAUUAAAACAAGACUUUUUAAUAUCGUUUUUGACAAAGAGACAUUGUUCAAAUAGUUUUGUUGUCAAAUAAAGUGGGUUUAAAUAAUUA